GCUGACCAUGGCGGAGAUGGAAGCGAGCCUGUUGCGCCAGUGCCCGCUGCUUCUGCCUCAGAACCGGGCGAAAACCGUGUACGAAGGAUUCAUUUCGGCUCAGGGACGUGAUUUUCACCUUAGAAUAGUGUUGCCUGAAGAUUUACAAAUGAAGAAUGCAAGAUUAUUAUGUAGUUGGCAACUGAGAGCAAUACUUAAUGGAUACCAUCACAUAGUACAACAGAGAAUGCAGCACUCUCCUGAUCUAAUGAGCUUUAUGAUGGAGUUGAAGAUGAUUUUGGAAGUUGCUUUAAAGAAUAAACAAGAGUUGUAUGCACCACCUCUGCCUCCCCAGUUCUACUCCAGCCUCAUUGAAGAGAUAGGAACUCUUGGUUGGGAUAAACUUGUAUAUGUGGAUACUUGUCUGAGUACCAUCAAGUUAAAAGCUGAAGAUGCUUCUGGUAGAAAGCAUCUAAUAACUCUCAAGUUGAAGGCAAAGUACCCAGCAGAAUCUCCAGAUUGUUUCGUGGAUUUUCCUGUUUCAUUUUCUAUUUCCUGGACACCACAGGUGAACACCCCCCAGAGCUCCUUAAUAAGCAUUUACGGUCAGUUUUUGGCAGCCUUAGAAUCACUGAAGGCAUUCUGGGAUGUUAUGGAUGAAAUCGAUGAGAAGACUUGGGUGCUUGAGCCAGAAAAACCUACCCGGAGUGCGACAGCACGCAGAAUUGCACUAGGAAAUAAUGCUUCAAUAAAUAUAGAGGUUGACCCCAGGCAUCCUAGUAUGCUUCCUGAGUACUGCUUUCUUGGAGCAGACCAUGUGGUAAAACCUCUGGGAAUUAAGCUGAGCAGAAACAUACAUUUGUGGGAUCCAGAAAAUAGUCUGUUACAAAACUUGAAAGAUGUUUUAGAAAUAGAUUUUCCAGCUCGUGCUAACCUGGAAAAAUCUGAUUUUUCUAUGGAUUGUGGGAUUUGUUAUGCCUAUCAGCUUGAUGGCGCCAUUCCUAAUCAAGUGUGUGAUAACUCCCAGUGUGGACAGCCUUUCCAUCAAAUAUGCUUAUAUGAGUGGUUGAGAGGACUGCCGACUAGUAGACAGAGUUUUAACAUCAUAUUUGGUGAAUGCCCAUAUUGUAGCAAGCCAAUUACCUUGAAAAUGUCUGGAAGGAAAUCCUGAAAUAAGAAUGUAACAUUUCUAUGAAG